AUGGCUUCCAGAACUGAUCUUGGUGUGAAUAACCAGAUUGUAGUCAUCAUUGAAGGUCUUGUGGACUUUGAACAAAUCAUGGCUCAAGGCUUUGAUCUUCAAAGUGUUGUUUUUCAAAAAGAGACUCCAGCAGAGGUGCAUGCUUCUUCGGCCGUUGAGGAUUUUUUGAGCUCUUGCAGCUUCCUCAGUAUUUUGUUUUCCUCCUUUGUUUGUUUCUUCAUCAGCUGGCGUAUCUCUUUCUCAAGAUCUUUCUUCUCAGCAUUGAAGGGUUUUUGCUUGCCCAUCUUGCUGGAAAGUAAAGACCUGAAAGAGAAAUGUGAUCUGGUUGGUUAUACACUGCUUUUAUAUAGGAGUUUUUGGAUAAAGAUCAAUCAGCCUUGA